CAAAGGGAAAACUAAUAAAAACGUAUAUACCAUAGCCAUCAACCCUACGCGAAUGUAUACAAGCCUUCCAUAAACAAAACAAACUUAAAUUUUUUAGGUUAGUUUGGGUUGGGAGCGUAAAAAUAAGACGUCCUAGUAGUAAGAGAGACGAAGAAACUGGCAACAGUAUUUCUACAGGCACGGAAAAAUGUAAACAAUAAUAAAUGGAAACUUAUAAAAACUCAAUUGUUUAAAAAUCAGAAAUAAAUUAAGUAUUGCAAGAAAACUCUGUAAGUAUGUAGGGAUUAUAAUACUCGACUUUGACCACUUGGUUCAUUGAACAACUGUCUUGGAAAUGCUAAGGGCCUUAAAAGGCCCAAAACUCUUUAAAAAACCCUGUUUAGUUGUUGUUUGCGCCCUAAUCUUCCUGGCUGCUACAUACUACACCAUACAAAUAGGCGAGCCUUCAUUCAACCAGAGCAGUUGUCCAUACUCCGAACCCAUAGACAUAGUAUACACGUGGGUAAACGGGUCUGAUCAACAGUUUAUCCAAGAAAUGCACAAGUACAUGCAGGCAAAGGCAAACACUGAUUCAUCCAAGAAGCGAUUUGAGGACAAAAACGAGCUGAGGUUCUCUUUAAGGUCUUUGGAAAAAUUCGCGCCCUGGAUCAAUCACGUUUACUUGGUGACAAACGGACAAAUCCCCUACUGGCUAAACCUCGACUACCAGAAAGUCACUUUAAUAACUCACGACAUGAUUUUCAAAAAUAGUAGCAACUUGCCCACAUUUUCCAGUCCAGCCAUUGAAAGCAACUUGCACAGAAUUCCAGGCCUCUCAAAGCGUUUUAUAUACUUCAAUGAUGAUAUUUUCUUGGGCAAGCCCUUGUAUCUGGAGGACCUGUACAGUCAAAGCACGGGGUUCUCGGUCUUUUUGGCGUAUGCUUUACCCAACUGCGCCCCACGGUGCCCUUGGUUGUACGUGGGCGAUGGACAGUGUGAUCUGAGCUGCAACGUGCGCAAUUGCCAAUUCGAUGCUGGAGAUUGCAUUGAGCAAAAGGCUCGCACUUGGACUAAAGCCUCAGACCUAUCACUGAUGAAUACCACACAAAGAACAGUGAAUGCAACCACAAGUACCAGUGAAAAUCGGUUUUUCCACACAGGGGACACAGGACCAAUAGCUCGACUAGUCAUCGAGCAUAAUAAAAAAGUGCUGCUGCAGAACAAGAAGCUGGACAGAAAAAGGCGUAAUUUGGCGAAGCAGCUGAACCCAGCUUAUGCCGAGGCAAUGCAGUUUUCCAAGACCAUCGACGGGUUCCUGACGUCACUCCAGUACACCCAAAGAGUGUUCAACAGAAAGUUUGGGUUGAAGAUGCGGUAUGUGCCAGCUCAUGCCCCUAUCCUAAUUGACAGGGACAUCAUGCAAGAAUUGGAGCGCACUUUUUCAAGAGAGUUCGAAAUAACAGAGGGAAAUCGGUUCAGGCACGACGACGAUAUGCAAUUUGGCUUCAGUUAUUAUUACUUCCUCAUGUCUGAAACGACCACCAAGUCGACGAGCGAAAUAUUUGAUGAUUUUGAUACGGACCGCUCAGGGUCUUGGUCGGACAGGGAAAUUCGCAACUUGCUCACCAAGCUUCAUAAGCUGCCGCUUACCUAUGAGACUGUGGAUCAUUUCGAAGCAAUACUGAUGAAUUGCAGUGAAUUAAAUACAUAUCCUCCAGUGCCUACUCCUGCCCAUGAGCGAUAUGUUGACUCCAAGCUGCCAACAAUAAGUAAAGAUUUGGUGGUUCAGUGCCCCAUGUUGGACGUGCUGUUGAGCGAAAAGUUGGGGAAAGUGCCCAAGUAUCCGUACAAAGUGAUCAAGAAUGCCGAAACUAGCUGGGCAACAUUUAGGAUGCUAAUUUCCAACAUUACUAACGUUGUGCACAACUUAGAUGAAAUCAGGAGUAAGCUUACGAAAUUCGUGUGUCUGAACGACAAUCUUAUGGAGUGGAAGCUAGACGAGAACGAGCUUAUUAAGGCCCUUCUCUAUGAUUUCUAUCUGUCCCUGUUUCCCCAUCCCAGUCAGUUUGAACAUCCCGAUCAUUCCAGAAAUCGGUUUCUACACAUGGAUCAAUUAGGGAAGUGGACACACAACCACUAUGUGGUAAAAAUCAUUCUGACUUUGGCCAUUAUUUCGCUGAUCUUCAUCACACUUUUCAACACUCUGAAAAGGGGAUGUUGUAAGGUGCUCAAUGAAUAUUUUUUCUGACUGAGCGAAUGGCCAGAAAAGGCGGAUCAUUUUCUGUUUAAGGCGCUAUUCUUCUUUAAAUGGUCUUUACAUUAGAAAAAUCGUUACUAGCAUUCAAUAUUUCUUACCUUCAAAAAUACAUCUGCCUCAAGUCGUCAACUGCAA